AAAAAUGACUGUAAAAAUAGCUGGCGAUAAGGUCUGCAGGGAACAUGGAAAGUCAUUGCAAUGAGCAUGGCUAUAAAAGCGAAAGACAAUGGCGACGACAUCAAUCAGUCGAGUCGAGUUUUUCACCAGCAAGCAACACACAUAAAUUUAUUAACGAACCCAGCUUAUGGCCAAAUGAUGAGAAGUGUGUGAAAAAAAAGAAUAUCUGAAUUUACCCGCCAACUGCAGUUUGCAGUCCAAAAUAAUAAAAAAACAAAAAAAAAACAAGGAAAAGAAACAAAACGAAAAAUCAGACAUUCGGACAGUGAGCGAACGGGGGAACGUUGUGUGUCAUAAUAAUAAAUGCUCCGUUGGCGGUUCGUGAUGAAAUUAUUUAUGAAAAAUAAAUGGAGCUACUCCCCCUGGAUGCUGCUCCCGAUCCUCAUCCUGACCCUGCUGCAGCUGCAGCUGCAGGAAUGUAUGGCUGCCAGCGCCGCCAACACGGACACAACCACGAAUGCAACAUGCAGACAUGCCACGGACAUGUGGGGAGAUCCGGAUCCCAACAAAUUCUACGUGUGCUCCGAUGGCGGACAACCGCUGCAGCUGGAGUGUCCGCCGGGUCGGGGAUUUUUCAGCGGUCUCGGUUAUCUGGGCUGUUUGCCCUACGGCCACUGGCCAGCCUGCCGGCCCACGGAGGAGCAGGUGGCCGCCCAGUUGUCAGCUGGCUGUGACAGCACUACCACCGGUCAUGUGCCAUCGCCCUGGGCAUCGCCGGAUCCCAAUCGAUUCUACCUGUGCCCCAGCACAGAUGCCACACCUCUGCUGCUCAACUGCGCCGCCGGCCGAGGAUUCGUGGCCAGUUCGGAGAUGGUGGGCUGUGCGGAUUGGUCGCAGUGGCGCCGCCAGAUGGAGUGCGAGGCGUACUACUGAUGCUGUGGGAAAACCAUGUACUCGCUAUAUCAAUAAUCACAUCAAUACCCCAAACUCGAAUAUUCAUUAACUUAUUGGUUAGUCAUGCUGCGCCAUUUCACUCACUAGUUCUAUCUGUAAAUAAAGUAAAAAGUUUCUUACUGAUGUGGGUGUUUAUUGCUGACUGAUAGACUUGUUCAAAACUCUGAUACUGAUAGGCGAAACAAUUGAUUGAUAAUGAAAUCGAUGCCGAAAAAAAUGUGUGCAAAA